ACAAACCAGCGCCUGUACGAGAGUCUCAAACCAUCACUCUCACAUGUUCUACUCCGAGUUCAUGUUCUAAAUACUUGGAAAUUCAAACUGUUCCUCCGUCUGGUUUAAGAAACAUCUCAGUAUGGUUACAGUUAUUCAGCUACUGCAUCCUACAGAGCCUCAUGGAGGGACAAUGACAAAGAGUUCACCUGUCAAACACGAGGAAACAAAGACCCACAACUGAUGAAGAAGAUCACGAUCUCAGUGGAGUACAAACCAAAGAACACCAAGCAUUGAAAUUGUUGGUCAGAGCAGAGAAGUAGCAGUGGGUCACUCUGUGACUCUCAAAUGUAACAGUGAUGCCAACCCUCCUCCUCACACAUACGAUUGGUUUAAAGGCAGUCAAUAUCUUCAGAGAACAACUGAAAACAGACUGGAGCUGAAGAAAGUGCAGAGAGCAGACGAGGGCUGCUACAUCUGCAAAGCUGCCAACAAACACGGAUCAGGCUACAGCACAGACCUGUGUAUAAAAAUGCUCUAUCCUCCCACCAGUCUGACUCUGUCCAUGGACUCAGAGGUGACAGAGGGACAGAAUGUCUCCAUCACAUGUCGUGUGGACAGUUCUCCAGUGUCCACCCUGACCCUCAGCAGGACCUCACAGGGUUCUCCAGUGGAGCUGCUCAGAGACACUGAGCACAACUCUCUGAUCUACUCUGUCACUGUGACCUCUGCCCAUUCAGGAGAAUACACCUGCUCCGCCCACAACAGUGUGGGCUCAGACAGCACCAAGAGGUCACUCACCGUCAAAUAUGCUCCUCAGAAGGUGAGAGUCCAGGCUGAUCCAGGUCUGAUGGUCAAAGAGAACACAACACUGACGUUACACUGCAGCGCUCUGAGCCAUCCUCCUGUGAGCUCAGUGACCUGGAGCAGGGGCCCCACGGGGCAGGAGUCCCUUGUGCACACGGGGCCCACCUUCAGUGUGAGCUCAGUCAGUGUGAACGACAGUGGCCUCUACAGCUGCACCGCCCACAACCAGCUCGGACAAGGAACGUCUCCACCAGCUGAAGUUCAAGUCAUGUUUGGUCCAAAGCAGGCUGUGGUGCUGAGAGCAGAGGAGGAGCAGGGCCCUGAUGGGAGCAGCUCAGUGACUCUGAGCUGCAGCAGCCACAGCUUCCCCCCGGUCAACCUCUACACCUGGUACAGGAGGACGGAGGACGGAGAGCUCAAAGUGUCUGAGAACAUCAACUACACUGUGCUGUCCACACAGCCCGGAGUCUACUACUGCACUGCCAAGAACCAGAUCAGUGAGAGCACGUCUGAGCCAGUCAGCCUCUUUCUACAGGAAAGCUUUGUGAAGUACAUUGGCCUGGCUCUGGUGCCCCUGCUCAUCAUCUUAUGUGCUUUCAUUGUUUACAGGCUGAAAAUAAAGAAGUCUGUUGAAGGGGAAAGAACGAACAAGCCCUGGUGGAGGAGUUGUUCAAAGGCUCUGGGAGGAUGGCACAGCUCCAGAGGCUGCUCAGAGGAUGUCCAUGCAGAGACACCUGGAAGGAGAGAUGUCCCACCACCUCAGCAGAGAGCAGACGUGAUGAACAGUACAUCCAGUGCCAAUGCUCCUUACUCCACUGUGAACCUCCCCAAACAUAAACAAAGCCGUCCUGGCACCAGUGAUGAAAACAUCGCCUCAUUCUUCUACGCCUCAGUGCACUUUGACAAGUACCCAUCGACUCUGAUCCCCAAAGAAAGAGAGGAAGUCGUCUACUCCACUGUAAAGAAGCAUCAUGAGGAAGCAGGAGAUGUCUAUGAGAAUGUUAGAAAAAAGGUGGAUUGUUCAGCUGCAGCAGACAGCAGUGAGGAUGAGGUGGAUGUGAGUUACUCCAAGGUGAACUUGAGGAGUCGAGUGACGGCAGCGGAGGAGGAGUACUCAGAACUCAACUUCUAAACACACUUAGGAUCUAUUGACUCUGUGCACAGAAGUAUGUUAGCUAGCUCACUGUGUCUCAAAACUAACAGUCACUAGAGUUAAAUUAUUUUACAUGUUGUCAGUGACAUCCACCCACAACUCUCUGUCCACUGCCUUCUCUUUAAGUAUUAAUAUAUUUUAGCAUGACUCAGCAAAAACACAUAGAUACACAAUUACAUAGGAAGUAGUGAGUCUAACAGUGUGUUUGCCGGGCCUGUUGUGCACAGAGAAUAUUACAAGAAACUCAUGAAAUACUGUAAAUGAAACCAGGAACACCUCACCCUUACACUGCCUACAGACGCCACAUCUCAACCCAUCUUCACCACAGCAGCAGAACCAUCAGCCUCCUCAGCCUCUCCUUCUCCUCACUCACUGUCUCUCCUGGUUGAAUUUCUUUAUUUGUGGUAUAUUGAUAUAUAGAUUGUGGGGGGUUCCUUGAAUUAUUGUCUUACUGUGUGGUUCACACAACGUUUAAAAUGUGUUUUAUUCUUGGGUAAGAUUUGUUUUCUUUUUAUUGUAUGUAUGUAAAAUAAGGAUAUUUCUGUUAAAGUGGUUUGUAAUGUUAUGGAUGUUUUUGUAACAAUGCGUGACCUGCAGAGGGCAUGAGAAAUAACAAUUAUUGAUUACUACUACUACUACUACUACUACUACUACUGCUACUACUACUUUGAGAACUCUCUGCCCACAUAAUUAUUGCAGUGCCACCUGUUAAUGCAGGAAAUAUUCAGUUUUACCCCAACCAAGGCAAUGCAGAUGAAUGACAGACAUCAAAAGGUUUACAAUAAGUUCUAGAUCUCUAUUUGAGUGAAAACGGUGUUCACAUCCACAAAAUCGCAUCAAAAUGGAAUAGAUUUCCUUAAUGUGUCCCUAUCCCUCUGCAGCAGAAAUAGGCCACCUUACUUUCUUACAAACCAGUAGACCUAAAAGUUGUCCCACUAUUGAAACUAUUGAGAUCGGUGAAAGGUUGCCAAGCACCUCACAGGGUUCUCCAGUGGAGCUGCUCAGAGACACUGAGCACAACUCUCUGAUCUACUCUGUCACUGUGACCUCUGCCCAUUCAGGAGAAUACACCUGCUCCGCCCACAACAGUGUGGGCUCAGACAGCACCAAGAGGUCACUCACCAUCAGUUGUGGGUCAAGUUGGGUUUUACAUGUUUCACAAUUAGGCCAGUCUGUACUUACUUUAACAACACCAAUUGCUCAUUUUAGCCCAGGUCCACUAGUGUUUUAGUUCACUUGCUCUCCUGCUUGAUUUUAACAGGUUAACAAAUAACUGUAGGCUGUUCUUUCAACAACAACAACAACAAAAAAAUCUUUUCAAAUUAUAGACCCCAGACUAAUUUCUUCAGAAUCCUAAUCCUAAAUGAUGUUAAUGAGCACUAUGUAUUCUGCCAGUAUCAUUUGAAAACAUGUAUAAUAACCUUAAAUCUGUGACAGUGCGUGACCAUGGUGUUCCCUCCACAGCUCCUACAGAAAGUUGUAGAAGAAAGUUCAUCUAUCUUGCUUUUAAACUACUUGCCAUUGUAUUGGUUCCAGUUUUUAUUUAAAGGUACGAUACUGAGAGAAUAUGAAAAAAUGUGUUAAAAAUAUAUGGCUAUAAUUUCAACUA